AUGGAACGGUACUUUCAGAGAAAGAGUUUAAAUCUUCCUUCAAAUAAUCUGGGUAGCUCAAAUCCUCCUUCGAAUCAUCUGUCUAGUUCCAACCCUCCUUCAAAUAAUCCGGUUAGUUCCAACCCUCCUUCAAAUAAUCCGGCUAGUUCAAAUCAACCUUCAAAUAAUCCGCCUACUGAGUUGGAUGAAAUAUUAGCUAAUCUUCCUGCAGACCCUGGCCUUAGACCUCCAAUGACUUAUUAUAAUCCCAAUUUUCGAGAACAAAUCCGAAGAGCCUAUCUGCAAAGGGGUCCUUGUCAGCCUAAAAGCCAAAACGAUAUGCCUCAAACACUUAUGGGGGAGAGUAAUCGACGUUUUCUUGUGAAAUGGUUUGAUUCAUUUGUUUGGUUAGAGUAUAGUAAAGAGAAAGAUGCUGCAUUUUGUCUUCAUUGUUAUCUUUUUAAAUGCGACUUUGAUAAACAAGGAAAGGCUGGAAGCGAUGUCUUCACUGAGAAAGGGUUUAAAAAUUGGAGGAAGGGACUUGAGAAUUUUAGGGACCAUGUUGGACAAGUUGGAAGCCUUCACAAUAAAGCUACACAACAUUGUAUAGAUUUAAUGAAUCAGAAGCAACACGUUGAAACCAUUGUGAUCAAGCAGACAGACCAAGCUCGUGUUAAUUAUCGCAUUCUAUUAACUGCCGCACUUGAUUGCACUAGAUAUUUAUUACGACAAGGUCUUCCUUUUCGUGGCCAUGAUGAAAGUGAAACAUCUAGCAAUAAAGGUAAUUAUGUGGAGCUUUUGCAAUUUCUUGCCGAUCAUGAUGAGAAAGUUCGUGCCGUUGUGUUUGAGAAUGCUCCAGGGAAUCUCAAGUAUAUUGCUCCUAACAUUCAAAAAGAACUUGUCAAUUCUUGUGCUAUUGAAACCAUUGAUGCAAUUAUUAGGGAUAUAGACGAUGCAUUCUUUUCUAUAUUGGUAGAUGAAUCACGUGAUGUUUCAAUAAGAGAGCAAAUGGCGGUGGUGUUGCGUUAUGUGAACAAAAAAGGGCAAGUUAUUGAAAGGUUUGUGGGUGUCCAAUAUGUCUCUGAUACGACUAGUAGCAAAUUGAAAGAGGCAAUUGAGCAGUUGAUUUCUUCAACAAAUUUGAGCAUGUCCAGGCUACGAGGACAAGGGUAUGAUGGAGCUAGUAAUAUGAGAGGUGAGCUCAAUGGUCUUAAAACACAGAUUUUGAGAGAAUAUCCUCAAGCAUAUUAUGUCCAUUGUUUUGCACAUCAACUACAACUAGCUCUUGUAGCCGUGGCAAAGGGUAAUGAAAAUAUUGCUACUUUCUUCACAACGGCUAGUAGUGUUGUUAACAUUAUUGGAGCAUCGUGUAAGCGUCGUGAUGCACUUAGAGAGCAACAACAAAAAGAUAUUAUGAAAGCUCUUGAAAUUGAUGAUCUUGAAACAGGGCAAGGGUUAAAUCAAGAGACUACUCUCAAACGUCCUUGUGAUACACGUUGGAACUCACAUUAUGAUACUUUACUGAGUAUUAAUACUAUGUUUCACCCCGUGGUGAAGGUGCUUGAAUGGAUUGUUGAUGAUGUCAACCAAGAUAAUUUAGGUGAAGCAAAUAGGUUAUUGAAAGAAAUACAAACUUUUGACUUUGUGUUUCACCUAUAUUUGAUGAGAUUUAUAUUGGGAAUCACAAAUGAUUUGUCAAAGGCAUUACAAAAGAAAGAUCAAGAUAUUGUGAAUGCAAUGAUGUUGGUCCAAAGAUGUAAGCAAAAGCUACAAUCUAUGAGGGAUGAUGACUUUGAUGAUCUGCUUGGCAAAGUAUCAAUAUUUUGUGGCAACAAUGAUAUUGAUGUUCCUAACAUGGAUGAUUUAUUUGUACCACAAGGGAGAUCACGUCGUAAAGCUCAGAAAAUCACAAACCGCCAUUAUUAUCGUGUGGAUCUAUUUUUUACUAUCAUUGAUAAGCAACUAGUGGAAUUGAAUAAUCGCUUCACUGAGAGCAACACUGUGUUUUCAUCAUUGAAAGGAAUUACUGAUCUGGCAGAAAAAUUGGUGAAUACAGGAAGGAGUAGAAUAUACAACUAUGUAUAUUUACUUCUUACAUUGGCUUUAGUUUUACCCGUUGCAACAGCUUCAGUUGAGAGAGCUUUUUCAGCUAUGAAUAUUGUGAAAACACCAUUGCGUAACAAAAUAGGGAAUCAAUGGUUGAGUGAUAGCUUGGUUGUUUACAUUGAGAAAGAUCUUUUGAAAAUUGCACCUCUGCUGAAAAAUUCCUGGAUCCGCCGCUGCCUAGGAGCACAAGCUGCUGGAAGAAAAGCCAACGUCCUUUUCAAUUUGACCAGCACCUUCACCAAAAUUGCCUCUAUAAGUUCUCAUAGGAAAAUAAGGAGAGAAAGCGAAGUGGAGGCGUUGCCAAGAAUGAAGGUUACUAGAAGGCUUAGUUGCAGGAAAGCGUUGGGGCGCUAA